UUCGUUCAACUAAAGUGUUCAUAUCUGAAAUCAGCUCAAUGAUUCACAGUGGUGGGGGUGAUACUUUACAUGAAUGCGACUCGCGCAUUCAGCAGUAGUGAGCCUUGGGAGGCAUUGGAAGGUUGUUGAAGGUUGGGAAUAGCUGAAUAUCAACUUUUUUAAAGGUGAAGUGUACAUUCGAAGCGCGUGCUUGUCAUAGAUUUUAAUUUUGUUGGGAUUCUGACAAUUUUUCAUUCACAAUGACGGAUAAACGUAAACCAGUUCGAGUAUGGUGUGACGGAUGUUAUGACAUGGUUCAUUUCGGACAUGCCAAUUCCUUAAGACAAGCCAAGGCUUUAGGUGACUAUUUGGUUGUCGGAGUUCAUACCGAUGAGGAAAUCACAAAACACAAAGGGCCCCCUGUAUUUACGGAACAAGAAAGGUAUAAAAUGGUAAGAGGUAUCAAGUGGGUAGACCAAGUAGUGGAAGGUGCACCCUACGUAACGACAUUAGAAACCUUAAACAAAUACGACUGUGAUUUUUGUGUUCAUGGAGAUGACAUAACAAUGACAGCAGAUGGUAUUGAUACAUACCAUUUAGUAAAAGCAGCAGGGAGAUACAAAGAAGUUCAAAGAACAGCGGGCGUCUCGACAACUGACCUUGUGGGUCGAAUGUUAUUAAUGACUCGAGGUCACUUUAAACAAGGCGAUAGUGAAUACAGUAUAGAUAGAGAACCAAGUGCAAAUAUGGGCCAGGACAGAAGUGCUCGAAGUCCUUGGACAGGAUGUUCCAAAUUUUUACCAACAACACAAAAGAUCAUUCAGUUCAGUGACGGCAAGAGUGCUCAACCUAGUGAUAAAAUUGUUUACGUGGCCGGCGCCUUUGAUUUAUUCCACGUUGGUCAUUUAGAUUUUCUUGAAGUCGCCAAAAAGGAAGGUGAUUAUUUAAUAGUCGGCCUACAUACGGAUCCAGCUGUUAAUCGAUACAAAUUUGGCAAUCAUCCAAUUAUGAAUCUACACGAACGUGUAUUAAGCGUUCUGGCUUGCAAGUAUGUAAAUGAGGUGGUGAUCGGAGCGCCAUAUGAGGUUACUAAAGACCUUAUGGAGCAUUUCAAUGUGUCGAUAGUCUGCCACGGACAGACGUCGAUAAUGCCUUGUGAAAAUGGUGCGGAUCCUUAUGCGGAGCCAAAGCGGCAAAACAAAUUUAAAUUGUUGAACAGUGGAAACGACAUGACUACGGAGAAGAUCGUCGAGAGAAUAAUUCUCCAUAGAAGCGUUUGCUUCUACGUAUCUAGGGAUGAAUUAAAUUAAAUUUUCCCUAUGGCGUGUUGACAUAGUCUUUAAUUUCAGGUUGGAAUACGAGAAUAGAAAUUUAAAGAAGGAGAAAAAAGAGCUCGAUGCUUAUGAAGCGUUUACACGAUCACGGAAGUCACAAUUAUUGGAAUAGCAUAUUCACGUGGAUAGCGAUAUUCUCGUGGCAAAAUUGUAAAUAGAAGAACGACGCUUGGCACUUCGACGUUUGGUCGAAACGAUCGUCGCUGACGUAAACGCGGACCUUUCUACUGCUGAUUAAAACAACGACCGGGAGUUCGUGUUAUGCAACGAUAAAUGCACGUAGACGUGAAGAACAAAAUUGAGUGUAUAAAAAUAAACAAUAACAAAAUUUUAAAGACAUCGUGACUGUUGCACAGUUAAAAACUGGCACUUUUUCACGCAUCAUUCUAUUUUCAAAUACUACCGGAGUCACGUGCGCCUGUUGGCACAUUCAAUUGUAUGAUCUGAAAAUUUAAUAUGGUUAUUUUUCGCAAUGAAACUUUUGAUCGUCGUGACUUCUUCGACUGGUAUUAUGAUUUUUUCCUCGCUGCGCGAGAUUCUAUAAAUUUAUGCUUGACUAGAGGUAGCUGUCUUAUUUAUUUAAAAUGCCGGGAUUUCUGUAGCGAUUAUUACUGCUUCUUCUUCUUUUUUUUUCUUAAGACAUUUCUACAGUGGGACUUGUAUAUAUAAGGUGAUCAAUUUUUUGAGGCACUUUGUUUCUCAUGAUUGUUGAUCAAAAAAAGUGUUAAAGAAGUCUUAGACUAAAAUAAUGUCUGUGCUUAAGGCAUUGUGCUCAGAAAUCUAUACCAAAGACAUGGACAGUAUAGGAUAGUUAAAUAAUCAUGAACUGACAGAAUAAGAGAGAAGAAAUAGAAAAUGGAUAAUACUUUUAUUUUUAGUGAUUUCUUUCUUUGUAAAUUCCAUAAUACCCACGUUUUUCGUACUGCUAUCGGUCGGUGCUUAGUUGCAACACGUAACGGACAAUAAGAAUAAAAUAGCCGGAUUAAUACAAAAUUUAAAGCCCCAAAGAAAUCUGUAUGUUUGCUUUGAGAAAAUUGUAAUUUGCUCGAGAUCUUUAAUCUCGUUUUAUUGUUCAAUAAAUAUUAAUCAUACACGAGUA